GAGGUAAAUCCUUUGGUGAGCGGAAUGUUUUGGUGAGAAGCGAGUGAAUGUUGUGAUGGCCGGGGAUUCUUCUCUUGGACACCAAAUGACUUACCAGAGGGUACUUGUCCACCUGAAACACGCAACUCGAGAUACUCGACCAGUACUGGCCAAAUUUACACAGUGUAUUGUGGAUUAUUUUGGUGCAACCCAUCUUCAGACUCCUGUUUAUGCUUGCCUGAAGAAUAAUUCUUUUAUAAUCAGCAAUGAAACUUUGGAUGACAGUCACAGCCGGCCAGUAUUUCUGAAACAUCCAUCCUUCUGUCCGAUAUUGAACCUAACGUCAGACCUUGAUGCAGCAACUAAAAGCAGAGGAAUUGAUGUUGGAGUUGCCGUUCUUCUUGAAAGUUCCGACGACAAAUUAUUGCUGUCCAGAAGAGCAAAUCACCUGCGUAUAUUUCCAGGUAUCUGGGUACCACCAGGUGGUCAUAUAGAAGCAAAAGAAACGAUCACUGAUGCUGGUGUUAGAGAGUUCUUUGAAGAGACGGGUUUCAAAAUAAAUCCAGAACAAUGUGAAGAUGAGAAAUUAAACCUUAUUUCACUUUGGGAAUCUGUCUAUCCGGCAAAGUUGACCUACGGAAACCCUAAAAGACACCAUGUGGUUGCGUAUUUACACAGCAAACUAAGGAGCAUGACUUCGAGUGAGGCAGAGGACCAUCUUCAGAUCGAACCUGACGAAGUCGAUGCUUGUGCCUGGUUUGACAGACAACAGAUUGCUUCCAUUGUAAGAUCAGAUGAAGAAGGAUUCGACUCCAAUGAGCAACAGAAUUCUUUGGACCCAGAAUCUCAUUUCAGAGCUCACAUAUUGAACGAGAAUAAAGAAAUGGUCACAACCCAACUACCGUUACUUCCUCUUCUGCAACUUGCAGACAAACAUAGUGAUUGCUCUCCAGGCAGGGUCAGCACCGGCACCAAAUUUGCUUUGCAACAAUGGUUGAAAAUAUCGAAAUGACACUGAACUGACGAAAUAAUUUUUAUUUAUGAUAUAAUUUAAUUAAAACAAAACCAGACAAUUUUAAAUUUCACUGAGUGGUUACCAGUCAAUGGUGUUUCUCCUGGCUGGGAAAUGUUCAUAAAGACAACUUCUUUGCUAUUGGAA